AUGCCGGACUGGGGCCACGUGUCCGAGGAGGCCAAGGACUUGGUGCGCAAAAUGCUGACUUACGACUCCAGCAAAAGAAUUUCUGCAGAAGAGUCUCUUUCUCAUCCUUGGAUAAUUAAAUUCUCUUCUCAAAAGGACUCCGACAUGCCCAAACACGCCCUCACCGGCGCCCUCGGAAACAUGAAAAAAUUCCAGUCGACGCAGAAGCUGGCGCAGGCAGCCAUGCUGUUCAUGGGCUCGAAGUUGACAACAGUGGAAGAGACAAAAGAGUUGACAACAAUUUUUCGAGCGCUGGACAAAAACGGCGACGGCCAACUCGACCGCAAAGAACUCAUCGAGGGAUACCGCAAGCUCCUCGACUGGAAAGGAGAGUCCGGGGAGGUUGACGAAGCCACCAUUGAAGCAGAAGUAGACCAAAUACUCACAGCCGUGGACUUCGAUAAAAACGGAUACAUCGAAUACUCAGAGUUUGUCACUGUGUGCAUGGACAAGCAGCUGCUGCUGUCAAGGGAAAGGCUGCUGCAGGCCUUCCAGCAGUUUGACAGCGACGGCUCAGGAAAAAUCACAAAUGAAGAGCUAGCCAAGCUUUUCGGCAUCACUGCCAUUGACGACAAGGCCUGGCACGAGGUGCUCGCGGAGUGCGAUAAGAAUAACGACGGAGAGGUCGACUUUGACGAGUUUGUUGAAAUGAUGCAGAAGAUUUGCGACGUAAAAGUGCGCAAUUGA